GACGCUCUAAGCAACACUAGUCACGCCCCCGGAGGACACUCGCUGUGGAGUGAGGGAAAGCCUCGCGCUGAGGAGGCAGGCGUCGGAUUAAGCAAAACGUAAAAUAUUCACGGAAACAAACAAAUUACAAAUUUGGUCGGAUGGACAUCCAGGCACCACAGUGGAGAUAUCGGAAUCCUUUGUAUUGGUUAGCCUGCACUGAGGUCGCCGGUUUUUCUCCUGAGUUUUUUUCGUUUUGCUAGGAGUGAGAGAAUCGCCGGGUUCGAGGUUCUUCCAUUCUGGGACUAUCGAGUAGCUAACUAACCGGCUUGCGGAUUUGCUGGUGCGAAUAAUUCCGGGCUAAGGCCUACUGGAGCGGUUAUUAUACUACGCGUCGUUGUUCCCAAUGUUUUGACACAGUUUUCAGUGACGAGAAAAAAAGCCGUGUAGUGUUACUGAGGUAAUUAGCAGGCAAGCUAGCUUGGUCGCGCAUCUUGCACUUCUUCCCCUUGGCUAGUUGCUUCGGUCGGUUGCGAAGAGAAGGUACAGUACAGUUGCGCGGAACCGGGGGAAAAGCCAGAUAAUUAGGAAGCAAGUGAAAAGAGGGGGGGUCUGAAGAAGAGAAGCCGGUGAUAAAUCACAAGCGCCUGCUGAAAGGUGUGUGGGAGAAGUUUGCACACAACUGUUAAAUUGUAGUUUUUUCCCCUCUAGGUAGUGAUACGGGUGCUAAAAUUUAUAAACAUAUAUUUUUUCAAUAAACUUGUACUUGGAAGUUUUCUAUCUCCUUUGAAACCGUUGCCAAUAUUUCAGUCGUCGCCGUUACUGCGGUUAGCCGACUGGCUAUCGUCCCAAGGUUAGGGGUUUUGGCCUAGUUAGCCAACUAAUCCGCCUCGUAAAAACCCUGCAUAUCUUUUUCGCAAAUAUAUAUAUAUAUAUAUAUAUAUAUAUAUAUGUAUAAAUAUAUUUUUACACACAGAGGUAAAGAGACUUAAGGUAGACUUGGAUAUCUCUCUUCCCCAGCUUUUUAAUACUAUGACAAGCUUGAAGUGAUGCUUUAAGGAAAUUGUGGUAAAACGGACUGUUGCUACAUGUAAAAGUAAGAGAAGCUAACUAUAAAAUUCUAAAGUUGUUUCCUGCGUCCCGAUUUCGGAUGCCGGUUCGUCCGAUCGAAGGAAGCGCUCCUCUGUUCCUCUGUACCUACCUGUCAGCUAGAAGACUAAUUUUCCCAGUUUUAGUAGCUAACUAGCCGAUGUUAGCUAGCGAGCUAAUCCAGUGUUGCUGUUGAAUGUGGACUGAUAAAGAAUAGUUUUCAUUUCUUUCAAAUAUUUAAAUACAGACUUUUAUUCAGAUAAAGGGGAAGAAACGAUAUAAAGGGGGUAACCAUGAGUAUCGAGAUACCGGCUGGGUUAACGGAGCUGCUACAAGGCUACACCGUGGAGGUGCUCCGCCAGAGGCCGCCGGAUUUAGUGGAGUUCGCCGUUCAGUAUUUCACUCGUCUCCGAGAAAGCAGGAUCCAGGAUGGCACCGGCCCGGGCGUUGCUGUCAAGCAGGGCGGGAAGGGAGUGAUGUUCGAUGGGGAACCCAUGCAGACAGAAUCAAACGGGGAUGAUGGAGAUGAAGAUGACGACUCGGACUUCGAGCCUCCUCCUCCAAGUCGAUUCAACCGCAGAGUUUCAGUGUGUGCAGAAGCAUUCAACCCCGAUGAUGAUGAUGAGGACAGCGAACCCCGGGUGGUGCACCCCAAGACGGACGAACAGCGCUGCAGACUGCAGGAGUCUUGCAGAGACAUCCUCCUGUUCAAGACUCUCGACCAGGAGCAGCUCUCUGAAGUAUUGGAUGCCAUGUUUGAGCUUCAUGUCCAGCCACAGGAGCAUGUUAUUGAUCAGGGAGAUGAUGGAGACAACUUUUAUGUUAUUGAGAGAGGAGUGUAUGACAUUAUGGUACAAAAAGAUGGGGUCAGCUGCUGUGUUGGAAAGUAUGACAACAAGGGCAGUUUUGGGGAGCUGGCCCUCAUGUACAACACCCCCCGUGCGGCCACCAUCAUAGCCACAUCAGAAGGGGCGUUAUGGGGCCUGGAUCGAGCCACAUUUCGCAGACUGAUUGUGAAGAACAACGCCAAAAAGAGGAGGAUGUAUGAGACCUUCAUAGAGUCUGUUCCACUCUUAAAAUCUCUUGAGGUGGCAGAGAGGAUGAAAAUCGUUGACGUCUUGGGAAUGAAAUCAUUCCGGGAUGGAGAGAAGAUCAUCCAACAGGGGGAAAAGGCUGAUUGUUUCUACGUCGUGGAAUCUGGGGAAGUAAAGAUCAUGAUGAAGAGUAAAACCAAGGCAGACCAGCAGGACAAUGCGGAGGUGGAGAUCACUCGCUGCACUAGUGGCCAGUAUUUUGGAGAGCUGGCUUUGGUAACAAACAAGCCCCGUGCAGCCUCUGUGUACGCCGUGGGAGAGGUCAAGUGCCUGGUAAUAGAUGUGCAGGCAUUCGAGCGGCUGCUGGGCUCCUGUAAAGAAAUCAUGAAGAGGAACAUCACUCACUAUGAGGAGCAGCUGGUGGCUCUGUUUGGCUCCAGCAUGGACCUGAGGGACUGAAGGCUCCAACAUGUGCCUUACACUCCAGCUUUUUCUCUCUUACACACACACACCGAUACACACAUUUGCCAUAGACAAAUUAAUUCUGGGGCGACAGUCUGGGGAAAUCCCCUCUCCAUUUUGUGUAGUACAUACUCCAAUGCAUUGAUCUCAUUUUUAGGCAUUUCUGGUUUCUUUCACAGUCCAACUCAUGUUUGUUUGUUGAUUGAUUCAUAUGACAUCUGACAUGACACUGUUUCCAGUUGGAUCUCUUGAUGCAACCAAAAUGAGUAAAGCUGAGUGGAAGUGAGUGAAUUAAAGUGAUGUAGACAUGGUGUGGUGCAUGUUUGGAUCUACCUUUUCUCAUGGUGUAUAUCUGCUGGAAACCCAGUAAACCUUUAACCCCAAAGGUAACAGGCCGUCUACUCCACAAGUCUGUCCUAUCUUGGGAUAUGGGGAUAAAGGGAAGGUUUGGCCUGGUGUUAUGAGCAUUAAAAUGUGCAAGGUAUUGGCACUCUUGCCCUCUUUGGGUUUUGGUUUGUUGCAGAGUCUAUAUGUAAACCAAGCAAUGCAGGUUUAUCAAAGGACACAUCUGGUACUGCUUCAACUUUCACCAAGGGAUCAUGUCUACACUCACAGAAACUCAGGCAGGGCAAACACAAAACCUCAGCCAAGGACACACAUGCUGGUGAUCAGAAAAAGUGUUUUCCUGAUGCUUGACUUUUUGUAAAACCCCAUCAGCAACAGGUGAAUUGUGAGAUAUUAGGAUGCAAUAUUUAAUAGCAUUGGAGCUCUAUUUUGAAACUCUACUGCCAGUGGUUGUGGCAUUUUGUUUUUCUGAUGGUAGAGAACAGGUGACACAAUUGUCAAGCAAGAACACAGCACCUCAGCCAAGGACAAAAGGACACAAAAAAAGCCACGCACACAUGGUUACACUCUCGCAAAAGCAGUGGACCCUCUAAAGGAGAAUUAGCAUAUUUAUAAAGUAAAAUUAACUUGAUUGCAAGAAAAAAGUUUUAGAAAUCUUUUAUGGAGAUAAAAACAAGCUUUGAUAAAAUAUUUAAAUAAAAAUGUACUUUACUCAGUUGGGGUCCUUCAUUAUUGUUCUCCUGCUGUUCUUCAUGCAGUUUGUGUUGGUGAUUAUUGCAGAGAUCGGGUGUUCCGGGUUGAGUUAAAAGUUGUAUUGUGUUUUUGUUUCGACCAAUUCAGAAAACAGCCACUGCUAUGUUAAGCAAAUAUAUGUUGCAUCUUUUGGCUUUGAUUCCUCUAAGUUGUCUUGGGGAAGGGGUAGGAGUGGGAAAUAAAGCAUACGUUUUGUUAAGA